AUGAGGAGCGAACCGCUGGCCUGGGCCCCGGUCUCGGCCCAGGCGGCCUCGCUGCUGGAGGAGGCGGCAGAUCUGCUGGUGCUGCACCGGGACUUCGCCGCCGCCGUGGAGAGGUGUGAGGCGGGCUGCGACAGCCUGGGCCCCGGGACCGGCCCCGGCCCCGAGAGUUCUGCGGACGUGAAAUGCUCCCUUUGUGUUGUGGGGAUUCAGGCGCUCGCUGAGAUGAACCGGUGGAGAGAAGUUCUGUCUUGGGUCCUACAAUAUUACCAUGUCCCCGAACAUCUUCCUCCAAAAGUUCUGGAGCUGUGUAUCCUGUUAUACAGCAAAGUGAGAGAGCCCCAGGUGAUGCUGGAGGUUGGCAGUAGCUGGCUGAGAGACCAAACCAACAAGAGCCUCCCUGAGUACGGUUUGUUGUUGGAGCUCUAUCUAUCACAUGUGUUGCUUCCACUUGGCCGGUUUGAGGGGGCAGAAGAGCUUGUACGUGGCUGUGAUGUUUUUGACAGCAAGCAGCAGCUAGCAUUUCUUGGGACCAUUUGUGAAAGCCGGUGUCAUUGGACUCAACAGGAAGAGAUGCACUUGGCAGCUGAAGAGCAGCAAGGCGCAGCAACAGAAAGUGUUUUGGGUGCUCUGUCUGAAAAGAUCUUGACCAUGUUGACAUUGCUACGUAGAGCACUGAGGUCCAUGUCUAGCCAGUUCUAUUUACUUCCUUACAAAAAGAUGCUCUUGGCUACUUUUCUGCUGUACCUGGUGGUGGUGAGAUUAGACCCAGCUUCUCCCACAUCACUGCCAUUCAUUUACAAACUGGUCCAGCUCUUCCGACAGGCUUGGGCAGCUGUGUUUUCUCCAAUUCAUAGGCGUCCAAUUCAAGACUAAGCAUCUUCCAUCAGAAUGAGUUUUUCUCUGCUGGUGUAAAACUGUCAGCUUGUCUUGAGGAUGUUAUCAGGCUCUUCAAGGACUGUGAAAUGGGUGUCCUACUUGAGAGGACCACCCGUGAACUCCUGUGUUGUAAUAACGUUUGUUUCUUCAGAUUGGGGGGUGAUAUAUGAAUUUUGAAACCAUGCCAAGUAUUUCUGACAUUUUGCUUGGCUCUCAGCACUGUUCUAUCCAACACUAGGGUAAAGGCUCUCUUUCUGUAAACUACAACUGAAUAAGAAUUCUCCUUUUCAAACACUUUGCUUCAGAUGUAGCUCUUGAGUGAGGGUUGUGUAGCCAGUUACAAACUGUGGAAGAAGGCUCCAUCCUUGCAAAUGCUGGACAGUUCUGGAGGCAUUACUGUAAAAGGCAAUGGACUACCAGUAAUUAGGGCUAUAUUCUGUUUUGCCUGAAGACAUCUGAAAAGCCCAGUUCCUGCAGCAUGGAUUUAGGACAAGCAUGUGAAAGAAAAACACUGAAGAAAUUGAAGCCUGUUGCAUUUUGAAGGCCAUGGAUUCUCUUGUGACUGAUGCCUCCUUAUACAGGCACUCUUGAUUUUAGUCAUAUUUAAGCCAGAAAGCCAAGGUGGUUGGCUGUAAAGACUACUGUACUGCACCUACUUUUCUUAAAUGCAAAUUACAGCACUUCAUGCAUGCCUAAUGCACAGUAAUUCUUAGGAGCAGGUAGUGGUGGUAAGGAAAUAGAUAUAUUUUUUUUUAAAACUAUAUUCUGUAUUAUUGUCUAGUUGAACAACUGAAGUUGUUGUGUUGUUUUACACUUUCCCUACCUCUUGCUUUGUUUAUGUAGAUGUCAAAAAGUCUCCUUAUGUCUAGAAUUGCCCUCCCUGCCCCCAGUAUCUGAAAUCCUGGGUUACAUGGGAGCCAUUUAGCAAUCCUCUGUCAUUGAGAACAAAAACUUAGUAGGUAGAAAAAGAUACUUCUGUGAUAUCCCAAAACCUUUCCCAGAUCUGUGGCAAGAAAAUUACUAUCUUUGUAGAAGAUUUGUCACCAGACUGACCCCAUUCCUGACCACUUGGAUCAGAAAUUGGAGCUUUGGAGUAGAACAUUAAUUUCUUAUCUAUCUGUCUAUCUAUCUAUCUAUCUAUCUAUCUAUCUAUCUAUCUAUCUAUCUAUCUAUCCAUCAGUCGUUGCUUGACAAAGGGUGAGUUCCAAAGGGGAGAGCACUUGCUCUCAUACUGCUUUCACUGGAACAAACUUGUGUGCUGGAGAAGACAAGUUAAAGGGAAGGAGCAUGUGUGGCAAACAAGUAGUCCGCCAUCCCAACAUCUGUGCCUAAAGGAUUCAGACUGACUGACAUCAGCCCAAACUACAAAAUGUUGAACAAAGCAGCCUUUUUGGUGGGCAAAUUCUAUCUAGCAAACCCAACCUGUGAAAAGCAGCCAAUAUAGAUCCUACUGUGGUGUCUUAACAACAGUAUUCCCCUUCAGGUUGUUCCUUUGUCUCCAGCAGUAGCCAUACACUGAGUUGGUGCCUGUUUUUUCCACACGGAUGACAGCCUGUUGGUGCCUUCAAACUGUGUGCAGUCUGUUGCUUUGCUAUCUGCCAGGAUGCUUUGAAAACAGUCUGCAUCUUCACUACUAAAAAUAGUUCUGUGUCUGUUUCUUCUUGGAUUAUCCCAGUAGAACACUCCAAUAUUAGCGUUGGGUAGACGGGGGCAGGUCAUUCAUAAAUGCGGUAAUGACCUUGCCUUAUUGUCUCAGAGGAAAAAUCAAAACAAUCCCAUGCCCGUUCCCAAAGUCUUUGUCUCUGCUAGGACUUUACACCAGGAUAAAUAAGAGCUAUUUCUUAUAUACUUUGCGCACAUAGGGGAGAGCUGCUCUUGAUAUUGCUAGAUGGUUCUUGUAAUCCAACUAUACGUGUAUCUACAACUCUGCAUCCAGCAGUUGAUGGGAAACAGAAUAAAGCAUAAAAGCUCUGUCUGAGCUUUCAAGAAAUGAUUACUGGCCCCCUACUUUGCAAAGCCUCACUUUAAAUGCUUUGUAAGCCAGCUAAUGAAAUAGCAAACUUCACUCUGAAGUCAGGUCAAAUUCACACCAAAUUGACUGCUUAGGUAACAACCAUUUUUUGCUCCCAUAUUGUACUAACAUUUUUAGUUAGAUGGCAGAGCUGCAUUUUGGGAGUUGGGACAGGGUCUGGGCAGGCCAUACAUUAUGUUUAGAAUGCUCUUAAAUGUCAAAGUCAUUCACUUACCAGGACUUUAACACUGAACUUGAUCAAGUGUAGGUUGACAACCUUCACUUUUUUUGAGUACUACUGAUUUUGCAUUUGUAUUGUACUUAUUGUUUCAUUACAUACAGUACAUACUAUUGUAUUCAUGAGAGGGAAAGAAGGCAGAAAAAAGCUAUCAGUUUUUUGCAAUUAAAACUGCAAUAUUGAGUUUUCACAAUAAAGUGACUACUGAUUUACCUCU